AUGGUUUCCGCCGUUAACAACCCGACACCACAAACGAUCAGCGCUCUGCUGACCAAACUGAGUGACCCGGACCCGGACUUCCGCUUCAUGUCCCUCAAUGACCUGAGCCAGAUCCUCGCCAGCCAGAAAUCCGAUUUCCUUCGACAAGACUACAACACAGCGGCACGUAUCGUCGACGCCGUGAUCAAAACCCUCGACGACCAGAACGGAGAAGUUCAGAACCUCGCUGUCAAGUGCAUAGGACCGCUUGCCGCUAAGAUCCAGAGCAAUGUGGUGGCGCCCAUGCUGGAGAAGUUGACGGGCAUCAAGCUCGAGCAUUCCGUGGACGCGUCUCUGCCUGCACUCGCCCUCCGAAGUGCCAUCUCCUCACUGCCAAAGCCGGUGCCUGGUGUCGCAUACUCGCAGGAGGUGCUGCAGACGUACCAAAUCAUCAGCCGAGUGCUGGUUCCGCGUAUCCUCGGCUUCUCCAACAACGCUGCCCCAGCACAGGCUGGUGGUGACGGACUUUUCAGCAAGAACAGUGUGCCUAGCGCAGAGGCAAUCGACGUUUUGAUCGAGGUUGUCCGUUGCUUCGGCCCGCUUCUUCAGCCUCUCGAGGUCGAGAAGCUGCAGGAUGUAGUCGUACAGGUUCUCGAGAAACCCAACACUCCAGCGCCCACAAAGAAGCGUGCAGUGGUGGCGCUUGCCGUGCUCGCUCCAUAUCUCACAUCAGCCGUGCUUAGCGGCCUCUUACAGAAAAUCCAGACUGCUUUGAGCAGCCAGCAGCUGCCAUCAAUCAUGCGACGACUGUACAUCACCAUUCUCGGCUCGCUUGCCCGGUCGAUCCCACAUCAGCUUGGCACUUACCUGCCAGAGCUUGUCCCGCUGGUGCUUUCUGCCCUGAGCCAGGAGGAACUCGAAACACAGCUUGAGGCUGUAAGCGAGGGCGACGACCAGCUUAGCAUCGAGUUCAACGAAGUCAGAGAAGCUGCCUUGGUGGCUCUGGAAGCUUUCCUCUCAUCAUGCGGCACGGAGAUGCGACCAUUCACGGACGAUAUCAUCGCUGCGACUCUCCGGUACCUGAAAUACGAUCCCAACUAUGCGAUGGAUGACGACGAGGACAUGGAUGAGGAGGCUGAGGACGAUGAUGAUGAGCUUGAGGAUGACGACGACUUUGACGACGACGGCGACUUCGAUGACGGCGACGACGAUUCUAGCUGGAAGGUCCGCCGAUGUGCCGCAAAGACACUCUACACACUUAUUUCGACUCGCAGUGUGGAUCUUCUGGAGAAGGGAACAUUGUACCAAGAGGUUGCCACCCCGUUGAUUAGGCGCUGUGAUGAACGCGAAGAGAGCGUGCGGCUCGAAGUCAUCAGCACAUUAUCUUUGCUCAUCCGGAAAACAGGAGAAGGCGUGCUCCGUAAUACAAGAACCGACGAGCACGAGAUUCUUCUCUCGUCACUUCCCGACAGCCGAAAGCGUCGGAGACAGAGCAGCAGUGGCGCCGCGCUUGCCAACAAGGCACCAUACGGUGGCGCUGGCGUCACCUCCCCUAAGCAGGAAGAUGUGCCAGAGUCUGGACCGCGUGCGGACCUCGCUCGUCUCACACCGCAAAUCGUCAAGACGGCAACCAAAUUGCUGAAGGGAAAGCAGAUUGCUACCAAACAGGCCAUGAUCAAUUUGCUCGACGAUCUUAUUUCUGUCCAGCACGGCGGCCUGUCAGAGUACUUUGACCAGGUCAUGCAGCCUAUCAUUGAAGUGUCUAAGGGCACGACAGGCAGCGCCGGGACUGCUUCGAUGGUUCUCUCCGGAGGUGCCGCCUCCGCGACAGCCACCACUCUCAGGGUCGCCGUCCUCAACUUCAUCAGUGACAUUGCCAAGACUCACUCAUCGAGUCUUUUCCAGCCGUAUCUCCCCAAGAUCGUUGCUGGAGUUGUCUCUGCUGUCGGAGAUCGGUUCUACAAGAUCUCCAGCGAGGCUAUCCGCACCGCCGAGGAGCUGGUCAAGGCGAUCACACCCCCUCGUGCGAGGCUCACUUCGCAAAAGUUCAAGGGCGAACUGCAGAGCCUGUACGACACUAUCUAUGGCCGUGCGGCUGCAAGUGACGCCGAUGCCGAGGUGCGCCAGAAGGCGAUCCAGGCGCUGGGCACUCUGCUCUCACGCACAUCUGGACCCGAUGGACAAUCCCUUCUGGCGGCAGAGAAGCGCCAGGCGGGCCUAGAACUUCUUCUUGAUCGUCUUCGCAACGAGACAACUCGGCUGCAUGCCGUUCGCGCCAUCGAUAGUGUGGCUGCGCACACAAUCAACGGAGGUAGUCUCGACCGCCGCUGGAUCCAGCAGGUUGCCAUUGAGCUGUGCGGGCAACUGCGCAAGGCAAACCGUUCCCUGCGUGGUUCGAGCAUCCAGGCAUUGCAGCAUCUGAUUCUGUCUCCCGCUUCCAAGAACACCCUCGAUUCGAGCACAAUUGAUGGCAUUGUUAACGCCAUUCUUCCCGUGGUCGCCGCAAACGACAGUCACCUUCUUGCCCCAGCUCUCAAUGUGCUCGCGCAGGUACAGCUCGAGAAUCCCAAUCUGAUUGAUAAAGAAGACUUCGUCACGAGCAUCUGCGAACUUCUCAAGAAGAGCAUCACUGGCUCAGCCCUGGAGGCAUUAUCAGCUCUCGUGACCAACGUUGGCCAGACGGGCAAGGGCGCUCAACUCAUGCGUGGCGUUCUACAGGUUGGCGUUGCUGGAGAUCCAGCCGUGGUCGGUAGAGUAGCAGGUACCCUGUUUGUUGCGAGCAACGGAAGUUCGGGUGUCACCAUCGACAGCUUCAUCUCGGAGCUGAACAACGCGAGCAAACCUCCUACGCCCGAUACAAGCCGACAAAGUCUUGCCUUGGCCAUUCUUGGUGAGAUUGGUUUGCGCCUUGGUACGAAGUCACCGCUCAAGCCCGAUCUGUUCCUAGGCCAGUUCAAGGACGAGCCGGAUAAGGCCUCCGUGUCUGCUGCUGUCGCACUGGGCCGUGCCGGUGCGGGCAACAUUGCCACCUUCAUGCCGGUCAUCCUGGACGCCAUGGCGAAGCAGAACCAGCAGCAAUACCUGCUGCUGCAGUCGAUUCGGGAAGUUCUCCACCAAGUCGUCGUCUCCUCGACCGACAUCAGCGCGUACGAGGAUCAGAUCUGGCAGAUUCUCUUCACGGCAUCUCAGAGCGAAGACAACAAAGCCAUCUGUGCGGAGUGCAUUGGACGGCUUGCCAUUCACGAGCCGAAGACCUACAUCUUGAAGCUUCAGGAACUGCUCAAGAACGAGUCGCCGGCUUUCCGUGCAGUGGCUGUGCAGGCGCUUCGGUACACGCUUCCUGACAGUGAUGAGGCGUUUGACGCGGUACUCAAGACGGUGCUCGUCGAUAUGCUUCUCACCGUGCUGCAGGAUCAAGACAUGGAGAUCCGCAGACUUGCUAUGACGACCUUGAACUCGGCGGCACACAACAAGCCUGAUCUCAUCCUGCCGCACUUGGGGCAGCUGGUUCCCUUUGUCAUGACCGAGUCAGUCAUCAAGCCGGAACUGAUCCGGGAAGUGCAGAUGGGACCAUUCAAGCACAAGGUUGAUGACGGCCUGGAAGUCCGCAAGAGCGCAUACGAGACUUUGUAUGCUCUGAUGGAGACUGCGUUCUCGCGGAUAGCCUCGCUCGAGUUUUACAACCGUGUCAUUGCGGGUCUCAGCGACGACAACGAUAUCCGCGCGCUUUGCAACCUCAUGCUGAGCAAGCUGAUUGUGAUCGACCCGGAGGAGACAACCCGCCGCCUGGACACGAUUGCCGAGUGCUACCGCAAGACCUUGUCCACGAAGCUCAAGGACGGUGCUGUCAAGCAAGAGGUUGAGAAGCAGGAGGAGGCCAACAAGAGCGUUCUGCGCCUGUCUCUCCUCCUCGCGGAGAAGACAAAGACGACUCUUCCCAGCUCCGGCACCGGUGGCGUGGUCCAGAACACGCAGAAUGCGGUGUGGCAGAGCUACUGGGAGUGGAUCAACAAGGACUUUGACCGGCAGCUGAAGAUGCUGCGGGAUGAGAGCAGGGACACGAAUGCGUAG